AACUUAAAUUAGAAAAGGUUAUAGAAGGUGUGUGAAGUUGUCAGCAAAAGACAGUGAGUGAAGGCCGUGAAGGGGAUGAGAUCAUAGGAAUAUAGGACCAAGAUCUAUCAAGGAGAAAAUGAACAACAAGUCAAGCUCGUGGAGCAUAUACAGUUCAAGAGAUGGAGAGAGUGAAGGGCCGUGGAGAUCGUCGACGUCCAUGAAUGCCAUAUCCUUUGGGUUCGUAGCGACGGCGAUACUCAUAUCCAUGUUCUUGAUCAUGGCCAUCUUCGAGCAUCUCUUCAGGCCUGAGAACUCUUCAUUUGAUUCACCUCAUCGGAUGAUCACACAAAGACGGAGAGAUGGGUCCAGUCAGUUCCAGAAGCUUGCUGAUCAAGCAUCCAUGGUUGCGGUGAAUACGGUGGUGGUGGAUGUAUCGGUAGUGAUGCCAGGGGAGAAGUUGCCGUCGCACAUAGCUUUGCCGGCUCCGUUACCUUGUGGUAGAGAAGGCAUCCAUUGGCCUCUCCAUCUUUAAUUACUUUUUACGUAUUAGCUUAGCUACUUCUCCAUCUUCUUCUUCUUCUGUAAUUUUCAUUUAUUUAUAUAUAUAUUUCUGACUCAUUGAGUAGAUUAGUGUAAUUCGUAAUUUCGUAUUAUAUUUUUCAUACGCGCAUUCCCGCUACGAUAGUUUCCAUCGGCUAAAAAAGAUUUUCUUAU